GUUGGUACUCCCAAGACGUGGUUACUAAAUUUCACAAAUAAAGAAGGAUGAUGGAAGAACCAAUUUUUGAAGGCUGGACACCAAAUAUCCGCCAGCAUUCACCUAUGCCCUUGGACUUCGGCCAUCUCACACAAAUUUUUACCUGCAGCGAUCCAAAAGCCAAUGACGUAGUGCCUCCUACUCCAGCAAAAACCAAUUCCAUUACUGAUGACAAUGAAGACGAUGUGAUCAGAGAUAUCCUGGGGGACUUUGGCCCUUGGCAACUACGAUCGCUGGCCAUUCUGUUCCUCUGCAAGAUACCCGCCGCCUGGUUCAUGGCCUGCAUCCUGUUCACAGCCCCAGAUCUUUAUCCCGAAGAGGAAUACAAAUGUGAUACGAGUGCCUUUGGUCCGGUGGAUAACUCAACAGUGUCUUUAGAUCACUGCUAUGUCAUGGUUAACUAUGGUGAUUCUGGGUAUGCCAUGCGACAAUGUCGGAAGUUCAUCUACACCACGGGCUUUCAUUCCCUGACCAUGGAGUUUGAUCUGGUUUGCCUGUGUGAUUUCUUUGUGGCCUGGUCCCAGUACUGGCAUCUUUUUGGCCUCUUGAUCGGCGGAGUGGCGGCCACAAAGCUGAUGCGAGUCCUAAGUCCUCGACAGAUUUAUGGAACUGGCAUCUGGUGUCUCCUGAUGUGCAGCCUGCUAAUGGGUCUGGUCAAGGAUUUUAGUGUGCACUGCGGUCUCAGAUGUUUGGCUGCUGUUUCGUGCUGCUUUAUGAUCACCUCGGGGUAUUCUAUAUUUUGUGACAUAACAGCUGGCAAAUAUCGUUUAAGGGCCCUCCUCCUUUACGAUUGCUUUUGGGCCUUAGGGUUGAUCCUUCUCCCUGGCUUGGCUUCGGGUGCUCCCAGUUGGCAACACAUAUACCUAGGUGUAACCCUCUCCCUGCUAGUAAUUGUCUUCCUGCUGCCCUGGACGCCCGAUUCACCACGCUGGCAGUUGAAGAACACCAAAGAAACCCAGUUAGCCAUUGAGCGAACUGUGGGAAUCCUUCUGGAAGCGGCACGCAAAAAUGGAAGCAUCCACAAGGUGUCGAAAGAGUUGCCCCAGCAGUUGGGAGAGCUAAGAGAGAAAAUGCUGGAGCCGAUGCCAAUAGUUAAUUGGAUGCACCUAUGGAUGGGUCAGCGGAAGAGCAGUUUCCACUUGGUAGCCGUGCACAUGGCUCUGGCCGCCUUCAUGGUGGUAAACACUGGUCUGCUACUCCAUGUGCGAUCCUUUGGUAGGGAGCACUUGGUUUCCAAUACUCUGGCAAUGGGUCUAGCCGAGAUGCUGGGCUGCUUCCUGGCUCUCCACCUUACGUUCAACCAGAGUGAACGCAAGUGGCAAUGGGCAGGAGGAUUUGCCAUCGUAGUCGGCUCCAUUGGCAGCAUCUGCUGGUUCCUAGCCGAAAAAGAUAUGCCCGAGGUAUAUGGUCUAACCCUAGGAUUGCUAAUGGCCUCGCUACCCCAAGCAGCAGUGGCCUGUGCCCAGUCCAUGAUCCUGGCCUGCAUGGGUGAACUGGUGCCUCAAGAACAGCGAAAUUGCCUCACCUUCUCGGCCGUCACAUGGGCAAGGGUGUGGCAACUCUCCGCCUCCUUUCUCACUUUGCUAAGGCAGGUGAGUCCCGCCCUCUCUCUGACCGCUUUCUGUCUGCUUGUCAUCCUCGGUGGCCUUUGCACGUGUUGCUUGACCUCGCCAAACAAGGAACAGGAAUCGGAAGGAGCUACAGUGAACAGGAAUCAGCAACUAAUUGCGUAUACGUAGGGGCUUAUGUGCUAAGUUAGUUUUAGUGUCAGUCAAGUAUUUGUAAUCAGUAUUCGAAUUUAGGUUGUUGAAACAUUCGCUAGGCGAGUAGAUAUUGAGUUGCAUACUUUUAGGAAUAAAUCAAAAUCUUAGCAUUUACUUUUUUUA